AACACUCUAAGCGUGAACUACCCAAUACUCAACUCGAAUUUUAUUGCAAGGGUUUCUCCCUCUUAAUAAUUAAAUGAAUGAUAACUUCACAUCUUUGAGUGAAUGAUGAGCUUUUUGAAUUAAUAUUGUGUUUCGCGUUACAUUUACUAUUACAAUACGUUGUGAUAAAAACUUUUAAACUAUUAUUAAAAGGGUUGAAGAUCCCUGAAGUCUUUCGCGGGAUAUAAUGAUAGGAAUCUGGCAUAACCACGAGAAUACGGUGGCGCUCAGCGGCGGCGGCGCGGGUCGCGGUCGAUAGUAUUACGGCGCGCGCCCGCGUCGGCCACACAGCGCGCACUCGCCCGCAGCCAUGGUGCGCGACAAGAAGUCGCCGCACAAAUCCGACUCGAUCAAAUCUAGUACGAACCUAGUGGGCAAGUUCACGCAGAGCGUUCGUCGGAUAGUUCAAGAUGUCAAAGAUGAGGGCACUUCUAGCGGGCAGACAAAGGAAGAGGUGAUCGAAACAAAUGAGAGACUGCGAGCGGUACGGGUGAGACUGGAUGAGAACUAUGAUACAGCAAAGAAAGCUCUUGUGACGCUAAUGGCACGGUACAGCGAAUCUAAAUCUCAGAGGAACGUGUUUACUAGAUACCCGAUGCUGAAGGCUAUGAUUAAGGAUGUGAUUCGCCUAGAAACGCAGUACUGGUCCUUAGUCGAGAUCCCGAGGCAGGAAAAAGCGGAAACAGUACCAGCGUUCGUGCUCCGAGCAUGCGCCAUCAUGGAGAAGACACAGAAAUCUGGAGAAGGUGUGAAGACAUCUUCGAAGCUAGCUGAAGAAGCAGCAGACAGAAGGGAACGGAUAGAAAGACUGAAUGACAUGACAACGUCUCAAAUAGAAGCCGAGAACACACAAAUGACAAAUGAUUUGUAUCGCCUGCUGAAGAAAUAUACUGGGCUAAGGAACCUCAUCAGGGAGCUUAAGUCGGAGUACGUCAGUUCGAAAAUAUACCCGAUGUUUCCCCGAUACACUAUGCUGAAAGACAUGAUCAAGGAUAUCAUGCAUGAUCCUGACUACAUGGAAGUCUGCCAUGAGGUUGACCCAUAGCGCGGGGUGCGCAAAUAAAUGAGGCACUCCUUCACCGACCGCCAAAGGUCGAGUCGUCGCUAGCGAGAUGAGACAAUCAUGGAAGUAAGAGCAAGAGAAAUAUAUGUCUCCGUCGACAAUUUUUAUUGCAACGCUUGAAUAAUGAUACCUAAUUACUGACAGUAGAAGAUCUAUGGAAGGCAUCUAAUAAAAUUGUAAAAAAAUAUCCAUUCAAUCCUUCGAAAUUAAAAUAAUAAAUAUGACUGUUACAAGACACAUUGCUCCAAAUAUUUUUAUUUUCAAAUCAGAUCUUAAUUAAAUUUAUUUUCAUAUUACUUUUAUUCAUGUUAUUUUUAUAUGACGAAAACAUUUAAUGAAAAAUUAUAAAUAUAUACCCAAUAAUCGACAACUGUUUAAAUUUAAUAAAUCAUGCAAAGAAAACAACUACAAGAUAGAUCUAUCUAGUAAGUGCACAUAGCAAAAAGAGAGAUCGAAAACCAAAAUUUCAAUGCUUGUUAUUUCUCUAUAUAUCUUCCCCACAAUGAAAAUAUAUCAACACUACUAAGUUAUACGAUGCCGUUUAUAUGCUUCGUCUUUAUAUGAAGUAAUAACUUUAUCUACUGUCAGUACAGAGGAGAAUAUCUUGUGGUCACAUAUGGUGUGUUAGACGGAAGCUGUGGUGGCAGCUAGCGGCGAAUAGUGUGACGAGUACUCGUUUAUUUUGCGCUACUUUGUUCAUUGGACUUUGUUUAGUGUAAGUUUAGAUUCGGGUUUAGUGUUUACUAAGUACUCGUCCUUAACCAUGCAGUGUCUUAGUUUCGCAUUUAUUUCUUCAUACGUUCCUUCUGUGAAAUGUGAUUUCUGAUUACUACGUAUUUUUUAUUUCGAUAACAGAAUUAUACAAGGUGGCACCAUGUUUCUUUACUUGGAAGGUAGAUGUACAAUGUUUACAUAAAAUGGUUGCUUAAGCGAUGUCUGUAUUAGUUACUUACACUCUAACUCCAUAUUAUUUUUUUCGUUUUGGUAUUGGUAGGACUGGCUAGAUAAGAAAAGAUUCCAGAACAUCUUGUAUAAAGGUCAAGGAAUUAUAAUAUAUUUAAACAAUAUAAACUCUAUGCAAGCAUUAACAUGCUUGAGUCUAUAUAAUAAUUCCAUUUUUUUAAGAUCUUGAUCUACUAAAAAAAGUCAUAUUAAUUGUAUCGCUUGAAUAUUAUUUUAAUCAUUGACUUCCAGUUGUUCAAAAUACAUAAUUAAAUACCUAAAACAGAUAAUAGGUGCCAUCUUGUUUAAUACGAAGCUUUUAAUGUUUGCUGUUGUCAUAUACGUAUAACCCUAAAACAUAAUCACUUUUAGACAAUCUAUUUAAUCGUACUUUUCAUCUAGUCAUUCUUAUACCUACUCUUGUCAUAUCAAUAUUACAUAUGAAAUUUCUUUCAUCUCUAUACAGGAUGAAAUAUAAAUCAUUAGCAUCCUUUUAUAGGAAUAUAAAAUGUUUCACCAAAGAAAGAAAAAAAGGCGAAAUACGACAAAAAUUUUGAGCACUCCGUACUUAAUACAGCACGUACGAUAAGUUAAUAUUGAAAACUCAAAAUUUCUUGUCAUUUUUGAAUGAAAUAUCUUCCCUAAUUAGAAUCUAUGGUUUAGCAUAGAUUCGAUGCAAUAGAAGGUAGAUUUUUAUUUUUAUGUACUGCUAACGACUUGGAUUUCAGCCUGUAUGAAAAGAAUAUCCUAACAGCUUUAUCUAUACUGUGUAAUGUAUGUGUACCCAUAUAAUUGUUAAUAGACAUAUAUAGUAUAUAAAGAAUUGAAUGUAUGUGCAUACGGAUAAAAAUGCCAUUGUAUGUGUUCAACAUUGAAAUAGUAAUUGUUAAUUUAGAAUAUUAUACGGAAAAGGUUAAUUGAAAGGUUGUUUGUAAGUUUGGCGCUGAUCUGCGUGAAGUUAUAGGUAUUAAAAAUAUAUCUCACUUUUUUAUUUUAUCUACAUUUAGUAGAAGUAAUGGUACUAUAUACAAUUAAACGUUUGUACAUUGCAAUGUGUUAUUAAUAUGGUAUAUAAAUAAUAUAGAUAAAUUUAUACAAGAAUGAAAGCGAACCUGUAUCUACGAUAUACUCUUUUUCAUAUCUGAAAUACCAUAUCAUAAUACCUACUUGUUAGUAAACGUCUAUUAUUUUAGACCGUAAUUUAAAAUUGCAUGACGAAAUAAAGUUACACAAACAGAUUAAUAUUUAUUCACUAUCAGUCCGAACAAAUGCACCAAAAUUCACUCUACAUGUCUCCCUAGUUGUUGAAAAUAUAAAAAUAUAAUUUUUUUAACUAUUAAAUACUAAAGUUGCAAAGAAAUAUACGCCCACCUGAAGGUUACACUUAACCUCCUUUUUUGAAUAAUGAAAAUAUUUUUUAUAAAAAACACCAUAAAUAACGUAUAUCUCAAGUUGACAUUAAUGGUGGUUAUAACAGAAAAUUUUAUGACCUGACAUGUCUGUCGUUUCCGAAAAUUGUUUCGACUUCAUUCAGAAGUCUUCUUUUUAU